CCCCUGUGGAUACCCAAUCGCAUUAAAGUUGUACGAUAGCCAAGACUUAACCCGGUAUUUAUGUUUUAAAUUAUUCAGAUUGGAUUUUUCUUGAUAGGUAUAGGUUGUCUAGGUUAUAAUCACAAAAAUAGCCACGAAACACGUAUACACAAUACUCAGAUAUAAAAAUAUAUUGUUAUAAAAUAUUAAUUUUGUCGACUGUUCGUCCCCUUUGAAGUUAAAACUUAGCAACAGACAAAAACCUACGUUGUCGUUAACUACGUACAACUCGCACUCAAAUAUAAUUAAAGUGAAGCCAAAAGAAAACAUGCAAGAUGCUGAAUCAUCAGAAAUCAUUGAUCUCUCUAAUCACCACCUCACUUCUAGAGCUACAGCCGAUCAGAGGCAUCGCAUUAUCGGAGCAGAAGAUAGUGCGCCAGCUGAUCCAGGCGUUUGUGGAAAAUUCCUAACUGUAUGUGCUUGGUUUCUUGUAUGCAUAACAUUUCCAUUUUCAUUAUUUGUUUGUUUUAAAGUCGUUCAAGAGUACGAAAGAGCUGUUAUAUUUCGACUGGGGCGUUUAGUAUCUGGCGGUGCUAAAGGACCUGGUAUGUUUUUUAUUUUGCCUUGUAUUGACAACUAUGCCAGGGUCGAUCUUAGAACACGUACUUAUGAUGUGCCACCCCAAGAGGUAUUGACUAAAGAUAGCGUAACAGUGUCUGUAGAUGCUGUUGUGUAUUAUCGAGUGUGCAACGCAACCAUAUCGGUGGCCAAUGUGGCCAACGCACAUCAAUCCACUAGGUUGUUAGCGCAGACUACGCUAAGAAAUGUGUUAGGCACUAGACCACUCCAUGAAAUCCUAAGCGAUCGAGAUGCUAUAUCGAAAACCAUGCAAAUUGCCUUGGACGACGCAACCGAAUCGUGGGGCAUUAAAGUGGAAAGAGUUGAAAUAAAAGAUGUAAGAUUACCGGUACAACUACAAAGAGCAAUGGCUGCGGAAGCUGAAGCGGCCAGAGAAGCACGUGCUAAAGUUAUAGCUGCUGAGGGAGAACAAAAAGCUUCGAGAGCUCUUCGUGAAGCUUCGGAAGUGAUAAGUGAAUCUCCAGCUGCGUUGCAGCUUAGAUAUUUACAGACAUUGAACACAAUAUCAGCAGAGAAGAACUCCACAAUUGUGUUUCCAUUGCCCAUUGACAUUAUAUCAUUCUUCACCAGACCACGAGAGCCGGCAAAACACACAGAAAAUAAUUGAAAUUAAUUUAAUUUAAGUUUUUGAAAACGUCGAUUUAAAUAUGGUCAAAAUAAAUUAAACUGCAUAACUACAAAUAUAGACCAUAGUUACUAUAUAAAUGAUGUCUGAUUAAUAUCAUUAAUUUUUGUGUAUUAAUAGUUCAUAUAUAUAUAUAUAUAUAUAUAUAUAUAUAUUGGUGGAACCACAUUUUUUGAUGCUUGUAACAUUUCAAUGGAAUGUUCCACCAACAGCCAAGUUUUAUUUAUUUUAUUUUAAUUGCACUAAUCUUAUUCGCACCAAAUAAAUGUUAAGUGAACUUUUUAUAAACGCACAAAUGGGGUAUUAAUCUAAAUAAGUAUACAAUUAUUGAAUUAUUAUGUAAUAUGCUUAAGAAUAAUAUUUUCAGUUGAAAAAUAAAAUAAUUAAAAAUUAUAAA